UACAAUUUAAAUGAUUUGGUUAUAUUCAAUAUUUUAGUGCUAUUCGUACCUGAUACCUGUUAAUGGCUACACUAGUCACCCUAAUUUUCUUGUUGUUGCACUUAACAUCUUUGCAGUGUUAGUUUAUUAGUUUUGUAGUUGUGUUGUUCCUAUAAGUAGAUAUGAUUUAUUCGUUUAAUAUCUAACAGCCACUUGCUCGUGCAUUUACGUUGCGUCCAGUUAAUGACACCAACGACAUUGCUGUUUGUUGCCAUAGUUGCUUUAGUCGCAGUAAUACUAGCUUACCAAAACAGCCACCAUGAGCUUCAGCUUGUGAAGCUGUUGGUACGACAACUUAACUUGACGCCGUGUCCACUGUGUUUGGGCAAAGACUUCUGUGACGAUACACAAUUUUUUGAAAUAGAUUAUCAGAGACAUGCGAGUAACAUUAGAAGAGAAGAUGGUUACUUGUUGUCGUUGUUCACUUCGUUGGCACAAUGUUUUGAACCAUGGUUUAGUCGAAACGACAAGAUCUUUUUUGGUAAUUUGAAAUUGCAAAACGGUACUGUGCUAUCUGCGGUUGCAAAAAGUGCUGGUUACGAACAUACUGAGCAAUUUCGACGGAGUGUCGUUGACCAUAUAAAUGAAUCGAGUUUCAUUGAUCAAUUGCAUUUGGAACUCAAGGCUGAGUUGUCGUCAUCUAUUAGUCAUGGGCUGAUAGUGUGUUCGAAAACUGAUGGGAAAUCGGCUGUGCCGUUUAUUGAUUUCUUAAAUUCAACAAUAAAAAAAACCAAUACAAUGUCUUGGCUGGAAUCGUGGACUGCCGCACAUUUGUCCCCCGAUCUUUUGGUGCUCAAGAUUUUGAACGGAUAUUUGUACGCCCCAAUAUUUUACGGAGUGUGCGGUCAAAUCUAUUUCGUUGAGAACUGCGGACUUACUCUACAGUAUUUCUAUGACAAAAUGAAAUUGUACACUAGACUGCAGGUGGUUCGUGAGCUGCUCAGGUUAGCCGUAGAGUUAACCGAUGGUACUGCUCACUCAAAUUAUUCGUUUUAUCUCACAGAUUUGACAGCCGAUAACAUUGCUAUUCGAUUAGAUGACAAGAGCGGCUUGCUAUUAUCGUUAAAAAUCAUAGACUGGAGCGAUGUGGUUGUAGUGAUGAAUGCGGGCGAUACGAUUACAAAGAAAAACAUUCAUGUCAGCGAGCAUAUUGAAUGCGGUCCUGGGUGUUUGACUUAUUCGGAAGACGACAUCUGCAGCGCGAGCUACAGCGAUCAUAAUGUCUACGCUGUGUGCAAGGAAUUUUUGAGUCCCGAGAAAAGCAUAUUGCAUGAGAUAACCAAUGAAAACCAACUGAAUGGCAAAGAUUAUUCACAGUUUCGAACAAUCGUUAAUCAUUGCAUAUCGAAUUUCAAUCCAAACAAUAUCAAUUCGGGACUUGGCAGUAGAUUGAACACAGCUAACAUAUUGAUGUCUAAAAUCGAUCAACUCUUGUCAUUGGCAUAGGCUAUUUUGGUACUUACAAAAGAUAAAAGAUGUACUUAAUUGUUAUUCAUUUGUAUAUGGUUGUGUUAUUGUUAUUUAUAUUUUUUAUGAAUAUAAACGUUGAUAAGCUUGUAUAACUUAUUAACUCGACUAUUUCAAUAUCUUGAUAGAGAAUUAUUAUUGGUUUUAACAUUUACAGGUUUUAUAUUGUGUUAAAAUCAUUAAAAAUAUUAUUAUUUUUUA